GGUUCACAGCUCCGCCACCAAAAGCAGGAGGAAUUGGCUGAGAAGAUUUAUUGUUAAAGCUCAUGCAUGUUUAUUUUCUAACCUCUCUCCAGAGUUGUUGGCAGCAGCAGCAGCAGCAGCAGCAGCAUCUCCUCGUAUCAUUUUCAAUGGGUUCGACUUUAAACCGAGCUUCACACCAUUGAUGUCUUAAGCUGUCGUGGAGCGAAUUAAGGGAAGGAGAGAGAGAGAGCGCGAGAGAGUGUGUGUGAGAGAGAGAUUUUUUUUUAAAGGAGAGGAAGCAGUGAUGGAAGAGCUCACCGCUUUCGUGUCUAAGUCUUUCGACCAGAAAGUGAAGGAGAAGAAGGAGGUGAUCACCUACAGGGAGGUGCUGGAGACCGGUUCGACGCGAGCACUGAGCAGGGAGUCUUUAUCCUCGGAGCCGGGGAGCCGAGAAGAGGCGGCCGCCAUCACCCGGAGCGCUGCGCUCUCGCCGGGCAGGGACACGGACAUGCUCGGCCCGGAGAGGAUACGAGACGCCGGGAGCCCCAAACUCAUAGACGGCAUCACGGAUGUGAAGGAGAGGAAAGAGGACUCGAAGCCCAUGGAGGACGAGGCACAGACUAAAAUCAAACAGAGGAGAAGUCGGACUAACUUCACGUUGGAGCAGCUCAACGAGCUGGAGCGACUCUUCGACGAGACCCACUACCCGGACGCCUUCAUGCGGGAGGAGCUGAGUCAGCGACUGGGACUGUCAGAGGCCCGAGUGCAGGUUUGGUUCCAGAACAGAAGAGCCAAAUGCAGAAAACAGGAGAACCAGCUACAUAAAGGAGUCCUGAUUGGAGCAGCGAAUCAGUUUGAAGCCUGUCGUGUAGCGCCAUAUGUCAACGUGGGAGCUUUACGGAUGCCAUUCCAACAGGAUAGUCAUUGCAACGUGCCGCCCUUCUCCUUUCAGGUGCAGGCGCAGCUGCAGCUGGACAGCGCCGUGGCCCACGCGCAGCACCACCUGCACUCUCACCUGGCGGCGCACGCGCCCUACAUGAUGUUCCCCGCGCCGCCGUUCGGGCUGCCGCUGGCGACGCUCGCGGCCGAGUCCGCGUCCGCCGCGUCGGUGGUGGCCGCCGCCGCCGCCGCCAAGAACACCAGCAAGAACUCGAGCAUCGCGGACCUGAGACUGAAGGCCAAGAAGCACACGGCCGCGCUGGGACUGUGACGCCAGGACGACGCGUGGGCGCGAGGCGUGCACGCGCUCUUUGGCACGUGCUCGCGACACGGAAAGAGACACUGAUAUCACGAACGCUUAUAAAGUGGGAGAGAGAGAGAGAAAAAUUAUCCAUGGACCGUAUUUAUGUUUUCGUUUUUGUUUUUUCAAAAAAAUGAAGGACAACGAGUAUACGUAUAAAAAUAUAGGCUAUUUAUGUGAUGAAGACAAAAAAGACAGACUGUGACGUGAAAUAGCCUACACAGACAUGAUGAUUUUUGGACAUCAAAAAAUAAUAAUAAUAAAAUCUGCCGGAAUGGACAACGAGUCUUCCCGUGCAGCCACGUGGCUGAGGAAGGAGGAGGAGGAGGAGGCAGCAGCUGAGCUGGGACGGUUGAUAUACUUUGCCAAACCAUGUUUUUUGUUCUGUUUUAAUAUUAUAUUAUUAUUAUUGUUCUGCUUUUGUUUUUGAACCUAUACUAUAGAGGCUGGCCUCGUUAUAUUUCACCAACACGUUCUCUGUGAAAGGGCAGAGCGGGAAUUCUUUGACAAAAUAGAGACACAACAACAACAGAAAAAGACUUUUUUUUUUUUGUUUAUUCCAAAUUGAAAAUGCCUCAGCAGUGUUUGCAUGAGUUUGUCUUCACGGGUGAAGUGAGAUGAUGUGAGAUUGUCUCUCUCCCUCUUUCCUCUCACUUGAAUGUUUGGCCUUUGUUUGACCUUGAGUGGACCUCCUGUGGUGAGAAGGUGAAACACACCAGAAAUGUGAGAUUAUAAUAUUUAUGUGUGUGGGUGGGGGUGCGUGCGUGUGUGUGUGUGUGAG